GGAAGUGAUCAGCUGUUUCGAAGGCUGCAAGUUUUUGCAAAUUUUGCGUUCUCGUACUUCUGUGGGUAUUUCGUCUCUUUGAGAGCGGAUGCUGCUAAAUUCUCCGAAUUUUUUCUGCUGGAUAGUUUUGUCCCCUCAGUACGAGUACACACCUAUUUAAGGAACUGCUGUAUAUAAUUUUUAUUUUUGUACAAAAAUUCUUCAUUAAAAAAUGAUAUCUAAAGUUCCUAGGCUCUCUAGAUCGUUUGUAAAGCGUUAUGUAAACAUUAAUGAUCAUGCUGUGCGAGAUUUUGCAAUUGCUUCAAGCAACCUGUGGCAUUCAAGUAUCCAACAGCGAGUUUCUCUUUGCCCAAACAAAUGCCGCCCAUGGAAAACCUGUAUGCAGAAUAUGCAUUACAGCACUGAAAAAAUACGUCAACCAAUACCGGGCGUAGAAUAUGGCGAUAUCAAAGAUUUACCAAACCACCCAGAAAAACUGUUAAUUGAUGUGCGUGAGCCACAGGAACUCUUAGAAACUGGAAAAAUUCCAACAAGUAUAAAUAUCCCACUGGAAUCCGUAGUGCAAGUAUUGGCCGAAGAUGUUAAACCGCAGAGAUUUCAAUCGAGGUACGGUCGCAGCAAGCCUUCUAUUCACGAUGAGAUAAUUUUUACCUGUAAGCUGGGAAAACGUGCGCUUAAAGCAGCAGAAAUAGCAAAUGCAAUGGGUUAUACAAAUGUAAAAUACUAUCCCGGAUCUUGGGAAGAUUGGGUCAAAAAUGAAAAUAAGCAUUAAUUUCUGAAUAUGCCACAUAGUAAAUUAACAUCUUGCGUAAUGCAGAUAACAAAUUUCAAUCUCCUUAACUCGAUUCAAAGUUACGUACACAUCUAUGUAUGUACAUAAGUAUAUAUGCACAUAUAUCACAAGGUUUUAAUUAGCACUGCACAUUUGUAUUACUAUAAAUGAAAAUGCAUACAUAAAUACAUACUUACAUACAUAUAAGUAUAUGAGAAAUCAUUGCAUUUAAAUUUAAAAUGUUUAAGUUUUCAAACUGUUUUAAGCUGCACAUAUUGCUCAUUUACUUCAAAAGUUUCAUAACUUCAAAAAGCUAAACUCGAGAACAACGGUUUUUAAUUGACAUAUACUCCCAAGGUAAAAAUGAAUAAAUAUCGCACGUUUAAUAAUAUAGAGAUGCAAUUAAAAAUUUACGUUUUUGGAGAUUCCAUCAAACCGUUACAUAAUAAGCUUGAUAAGGAGAAUAUGUUCAACCUAACAGAUGAGUAAACUUUCCAACUUUUCUAUAUUUUGGUAUGAAUUGAUAAAACAUUGAUGGAAUUAUGAAUUAAUUCUUUAUAUCUGGCGCGUUUUUUUACACGCAUACGUAUGUACAUUAGGGUGGUCUUUAAAAAAGUCAAAUACGCGAUUUUUUUCAGUCUCACUCCUUCAAUCGG